AUGGAUAGAAAUGUUGAAAUGAGGAAGUUUGUUGAUACCUGGAUUUCAGACAUCUCUCCUAUAGCUUUGCUAGUACUUGAAGAAAACAAGAAUAUGGCUAGAAAUUGCACAGUUAGGUUCAAUGGACAGAUUGGGUAUGAAAUUUUAGAUGGUCCUUAUAGGCAUAUAGUUGAUAUUAGGGCAAGGACUUGCACUUGUAGAAACUGGCAAUUGAGAGGCAUACCAUGUCAACAUGUUGUAUUAGCUUAUCAGCAUAAAGGUAUAAAGCCUGAAUUUUAUGUGGAAAAGGAGUAUAAGAAAGAUACAUUCUUGAAAGCUUAUGACUACUUUCUUCAGCCAAUAUCUAAUAUGAAAAUGUGGUCUAACACAAGUGGUAUAGUGAUUGAUCCUCCUGAGCCUAGACCAAUGCCUGGCAAACCAGGAAAGAAUAGAAAAAAAAGGGAAGAAUGA